GAUCACUACCCGGAAAUUAAACUGUCGCAACGCGGAAGUUUCUGAAGGAAAACAACAAUUGUCGUUUGCGAAGCUUGUCUGUGAGGAAAUCCUAAUAAACGUCGUUCGUCGUUUUUGUGCCGGUUUGGACGGGAGCGGAUCAAGAUGGAAUACCUGUUCGGGAAGCGAAAGACUCCGGAGGAGAUGCUGAAGCAGAACCAGAGAGCACUCAACCGGGCCAUGAGGGAGCUGGACAGAGAGCGAAUUAAACUGGAGCAGCAGGAGAAGAAGAUCAUCGCCGACAUCAAGAAAAUGGCCAAACAGGGACAAAUGGACGCCGUCAAGAUUAUGGCCAAGGACUUGGUCCGCACGAGACGCUACGUGAAGAAGUUCAUCAUGAUGAAGGCCAACAUUCAGGCUGUCAGUCUGAAGAUUCAGACCCUGAAGUCCAACAACAGCAUGGCGCAGGCCAUGAAGGGCGUCACCAAAGCCAUGGCCACCAUGAACAGACAGCUCAAACUGCCUCAGAUCCAGAAGAUCAUGAUGGAGUUUGAACGUCAGAGUGAGAUCAUGGACAUGAAGGAGGAGAUGAUGAACGAUGCCAUCGACGAUGCCAUGGGGGAUGAAGAUGACGAGGAGGAGAGUGACGCCAUUGUUUCCCAAGUCCUGGAUGAGCUUGGUCUUAAUCUCAGUGACGAACUCUCAAAUCUCCCGUCUACUGGUGCAUCCUUGUCGGUGGCUGGCAGGAAGAAGGCGGAGCCUCAACCCGCGCUGGCCGACGCGGAUGCCGACCUUGAGGAACGGCUCAAUAACCUCCGGAAAGACUGAACGGAACCGCACUGACUUUUCCUCUGGCGUUACUUUUGAAGGAACGUUGCCCGUAAUGGCUUUUUCUUUCUACUGUGUUUAAUUUGAUGUGGGUAUAUAAUCAAAAUUACAAAAUAUUAUCCUUGAUAGGACUGGAGAGGUCCUGUCUCCAUUACAAUACCAAAAGACACAAACCUGACAAUGUGUCCAUAAUCGUAUUUUGUUACAUUUUAAAUUAACACUAAAGACUAAUAACCCAUGUGAGUUAUAGAAGAGCAUUUUUUUUUAUAUAUAUGAUGUGAUCACUCCACAGCAGACAACAGGAAAGCUGUUAAAUUCGUAGCUAAACAUGCUGUAUACAGGUUCACUAAUAGGGUGACUUAUUAUACUAAAACAACAAAAGUACAUCGUGCUGUCUCUGCUUGGUGUACUGAUUUCAGCAAAGUUUCCCACCACAAACGUGUCUGUAGUUUUACACGUAGAGAUGGAGUGGUAUUAAUGUUAUUGUUGAAUAAUAAAUGUUUUUUUUUCCACAUUUAACAAACGUUUAUUGGUGAAAGAAUGCAAGACAGGUUAAAAAAAAAAAAAAGGUCCUAAUAGCCUCAAUUACGAUUUCUAUUGGGCCAGAGCCAUAAAUCUGAAAACUUAGAAGGCCGAGCCAUGCAAAUACAGUAUAUAAAAGCAUACAUUGUGGGUUACAGUACUUCAUAAUCCAACUGUGGAUUAAAUACUGACACUUGCGGUCAUUGUCGCCAUAAUGUACACGAGCAAUGAACGCGGCAGGCAAUCAGAGCUGUUUACCAUCUUUAAAUUGAAAAGAGAAACAAUGACAGCAAAGCUUAUUUUCAUGUCACAUAUUAAUGGGAAAUCCGGCCAUCUCAUAUACCAGGUGUAUUGGACCUACGAGAAUAUCUUGAAAAAGGGCAUCCUGGGCAUUUCCAACCCAAAUUAUCUUGUAAACCCGACAGACAUCAAAGAAUGUAAAAAUAAAUAAAUAAAUUGAUGGGAGGGGAGAUUUAACACUAAUUUUGGCAUUUUAACAGACAAGCUUUCUCAGUUUUCACCCCAAAAAAUCUGAUGACAAAGAGGGAAAAAAAAUUAUAGCAAUGAUGUCACCAAGCUACCACCGUGAUUGGUUACCAAAGUGGACCCUGGGAAUUGUAAACGAUCAUAUUCUCAUGUACUGAAAAAUACAUAUUACAUACAACUUAUUCCAGCAAUGGGGGGGGGGGGAAGACCAAAUUCAGAUCCAUAAAGCAUAGAGAUGGUCAUUUUAUUCCAAAAAGAAAAUGCAACGUUCAAUUUGUCAACAUACAAUCAUUGAAUUUUUAAUGUACUCAACAUGUUCAACAUUAAAUAAUAAAAAAAUAACAGCCAUGUUUUAUGUACAUUUGUUUGUGAAAGCUAUGUACAUAAAAGUUUCCAGACGUAGCCAACAUCUACACACUUGUAGAGCGGUUGAAGCUGUUGCAUUGUGAAGGAAAGCAAAACAAAGACAGAUCACUGAGAGGGAUGAGUAUGGCAGCAUUUGUUAGAACUACAAGCUAGAAACUUUUGUUUCUAAAAUGGAGCCCUGAUGUCGACUAACUGCUCCUGGAGUUCAACGUAUACAUUCACUACUUGUGUGUCAGUAUUCUCCCACUCUUCCUGGACGCUUGCAGCCAAAUGUCAUGCUUGCGUCUUUUAAUUUUGCUGAAGAGCAGAGAAGAUGCUCCAUCGAGGGGUUAAGCCAUGCUACCAUUGUUUCUGAUGUCUGUUACAGCUAAAUAGAACCCAUGCAAUUCACAUGUAAACUACUCACAAAAAUGGAGUUGAGGUGAAAUUUCAGGAUGGACCAUAACCUUAACAGGUAAACUUAAUUUGAACUCUCAACUUUUGAAUGCACUUGUCCAACUGUUCAAUGUAUCAGUACUUCUUUCACAAAGACUGCAAGAGUCACAGAAAGGCUUAGAAGUGAAUGAAAAUUGCAACCGAAAGCCCAAGAUUCCUAAAACCAAAAGUCCAAUAUUAACAACUUUUUAUGAGUA